AUGUAUCAUGUACAAAGAAACAGGGCGAGAGAAACAAAGAGUGGAAAGAGGGUGAAGCGCUGUUUGUGGGAUCCAUAUGGCACCGAACCGACGGUUUCUAAAAUGCAGUUUCGAUUUGAUAUACUGAGUCUUGAUGACUUACUGUGUUUUUCUUUGAAAUACGUGUUGUACACAUUGGGAUAUUUGUGUAUAUAUAGAGAAAAAGGUUGUCUCAAGAAAGAGUCAAUCCAGUUCCUUAUUCUUAUGUACAGCCUCUCCAUUCUUCAUCUUGCGGAUAAUAUGGCGACGGUGGCUGCAGCAGCAAAUUUUCACACUUUUCUGGCAAUUCUUUUGCUGUUGAUACCCAUAGCAGCAGAGGGAAUUAUUUUCCCUCCCUUUAUUGAUAAUAUAUGUGGAGAAGUUCAAUGUGGAAAAGGAACAUGCGAGGCAAAUCAAAGCUAUCCUUUCAACUUCAGAUGCAACUGCGAGAAUGGUUGGAAGCGCACUCGUCUUGACGAUGAACAAAAUCUUGAAUACCUUCCGUGCAUCAUUCCCGAUUGCUCUCUUAACUACUCGUGCAUGCCAGCAGCGCCACCACUUCCACCGGUUCCCUACAAUAUAUCUUUCUUUGACCGUAAUUUCUUAACUUGACCCGACCCGGUUUUCUUCAAAUCCCCCUAAACGGGUGGACUCAUGCUCUGA